CUAUUUUCAUCUGACCUGGAUCUUAUUCCUUAAUCUGCUAGAUCAUCUUACUUACAGGAAGUCUCUUCAUGUUUCAUUUGAUUUUGUUGGGUCUCAAUUUUCAUGGAUUCUGUGAGUGUCUCUAUUGAAUUUACACAAUUUAUCAAUGUCAAUCAUAUCCAUGAAGUUGCUUCCCUUGAAAAAUCUGUAAAUUCUUAAUGAUCCAUUAAAACUGACCCCUUCGAAAUUUAGUGACUGGUGCAUAAAAAACAAUGGUGUUUUUGUUUGGUGUUUUUGUUUAUUUGGUGAUUUUGGCUUUUUUGUUUGUUUAGUGGUGUUUUUGUUUGUUUGGUGUUUUUCCUUUUUGUUUGUUUGGUUUUUUGUUUGGUGGUGUUUUUGUUUGUCUGGUGUUUUUCCUUUUUGUUUGUUUGAUGGUGUUUUUGUUUGGUGGGUUUUUUUUUGGGGGGGUGGUUUUUUUUAUUUGUUUGGUGUUUUUGUUUGGUGUUUUUGUUUGUUUGAUGUUUUUGUUUGUUUAGUAUUUUUUGUUUGUUUGGUGUUUUGGUUUGUUUGAUGUUUUUGUUUUUUGGGGUGUUUUUUGUUUGUUUGGUGGUGUUUUAGUUUGUUUGGUGUUUUUUGUUUCUUUUGGUGUUUAAUGUUUGUUUGGUGUUUUUGUUUGUUGGUUUUAUUUGUUUGGUGUUUUUUGUUUAUUUGGUGUUUUUGUUUGAGGCACGUUUAAGUUGCAGCCCCAGCAUCCCUCUUCACUUUUUGGGUACUUGUUUAUCUUUAUUCAUCAUUGCUCUAGUACCCAGGUUCUUUACUGUAAAACUUUGUAUAUCAAGUUUUUCUCCUUUGAAGAAUCAAGAUAAGAUAUGGAGAACAUCCUGCCAGAUGUGCCGUGACUAGUUUACAUAGAUUGGGUCUAAUUUACACAGAUACAGAUAUAUGUGUAUGUAAUCUCCCCAAUGCAUCUCUGUGUUUCCCCAGGGGUGAGCUAAGGUCACGAGUCAUAAUCCCGGGUUCAUGUAAGGUCAGGAUUCACCUGUUAAUGGAUGUCAGAGGAGUCCCACCUGAUUAAUUGCAGCUGUUCUUGUCAGUUUCAUUGUUAGAGCUUAAUCUGUAUACUCAUCUUCAAUGAUGAUAAAAUAUUAAGUUUCAUUACAAGUGUAAUAGAUUCGUACCUGUUUGAUCAAGGUAACAGUACUAAUGCACUCAGUGUAUAAAACUCCCAUGUUUGAUCUGAGUGAAGUACAUUUACAUGUAUCUGAGUGAAAUAUGUAAAAGUAAACAUAAACAACCUGAAAAUCUCUUGAUCCACCCCAGCUCAUGUUGGAGCAUCUAAGGAUGAAUCCAGAGAGUUUCAGAUAUGGGAGCAGUGAUUUACAUGGGUAUUGGGGAGGGGUGGUGGUGGUAGGUGUAAUUGAUAUAAAUUAUGAUGAAUGCUUGAAGAAGAUACAGCUAGAUGGUUGUGAUAUUCUAAAAUGAAGGACUUUAAAAUUUGCCUUACUGACUGAAAAAGUACACUAUCAAUUAGUAGAAAUCACCAGAAAAUAUAAAAAAAAAUGUCCUGCAGGAUUUUAACUCAGGAUUUACAGUGUCAGAAUGUGCUGAAUUUGUCACUUAGCAGUUUCAAAUAUAUACAUCUAUUUUACAAAUUUUUUUUAGAUAUAAUUUCCAAACUUGUGAAUGAAUGUGACACAUUUGAAUAUAUGCAUGGGAUGAGCUAUUUAUAACUGGCAUCACUGCAAUGUGUACGGAAUGUGUUUACUUGUGUGUAUAUAUAGCCUGUUGAUUUAAAUGGAGUGAUUUUACACCUGUCUGCAGGACGGAAGCUGUUUAAUGGACCAAACAGUAUUGUGUGUCAGAAAAUUCUCCCUGCAGACAAAGAUCUCACUUUAAAGAAUUUGUCACCUUGCUCAGGUGAUUUCACUUAAAGUCGGGUGAAAAGUUACACGUGGGUUAUAAAAGCUUCCGUAUUACAAGGAAUUCUGCUGUCGCUAGACGGAACGAUCAUUUGUCCAGCCACUGAGAGCUUCGUCCACUGGCGAGAUCCCACCGAUCGCUGUGAGUGGGGACUGAAUUUCACCACUCCGACUGACGCCCAGAGGUUUAGAGACUGCUGUACAAAUCCAGCUCAGAAAUUCUCCAGAAAGGCCAACUCAGCAAGUUCUCUAAGACUGAGCCCUCCUAAGAAGGUUAAAGGCAAAGAUCGAUCAAUUUCAUCACCCAAUUCACCAACACAUCACCACCCCACAAGUCAGCCAGACCUUAGAUCCUCCUCUUCACAUCACCACCACCCCACAAGUCAGCCAGACCUUCGAUCCUCCUCUUCACAUCACCACCACGCCACAAGUCAGCCAGACCCUAGAUCCUCUUCUCCGUAUCACCACCACCCCUCACUUCAGCAGGACCCCAGAUCCACCACUCACUCUCCGGCUAAAAGAGCAGUCUCUGCUCCCCAUCAGCUGUCACAUGAAGAGUCACAUGAAGAGUCACAUGACCCACUGACUGUCAGACAAGAGAGGUCUGCCACUAUCCCCCGAGGACCGACAACACCCCUCAGCGAGCUUCAGACGUUUAAACCAAUUGGAAUACUCAAACCGCCAUCAGCUUCUUCUGUGUAUGAUAAUGUGACAGGUGCUGUUGUAUUACGUAAAACAAACUCCCAUGAUGCAUCACACCGGAAGUCGAUGCCAGCAGUUGUGUCAUUUGUUGACCACAAUUUGCUGAGUGAAGCGAGACCGGCUUCAGCCAUUCAUUUCACUCAUAAAUUUUAUCAGAGCAAGGAGGGUGAGGACUGUUUUCCUCGGAGAGCCACCAGAGGGAGCCAAAAUAAAGGAGAAAUACCAGGGAAACUAACACAACCUGUUCACAUAGAAACAGCAUUUGUUGGAGAUAACGCGACAGUGACUUUUGGAGAGGACAGAGGUCAGAAGGACGAAGGUCACGUGGUUUCUUAUAUUGACACCUCAACCACCAUUUUAGCACCAAGACCAACUCGUCCAGAUCCUAGUCAUCAAAGGGUUUCAUCACUUGUAGCUUGUGCAGAAGGUGAACAAUCAUCCCUCAGUGGUGAAAACGGACAGUCAAAUUCUAAAGAAGUCCUUGUACCAAAGGGAUCAGGGGAAACCAAGUGUUUCUCAGACUCAGACCCAGUGUACAAGGUGUCUGUCAGUGCUACAGGUGUUAAUGGAGUCUUAACUGUGUCAAGGUCAAGGAUAUCUGCAUCCUCCUCCGAGUCCCCAGAAUGGCCUUCACCUCCAGAACCUUUGACCCCGAUGACCCCGCUCACUCCUGAUUGUCAGGUGGAAUUUGACAGUGACGUGUUGAAACGCAUGUUACAGUCGUUGCCUGUGUCUCCGGAAUAUCCAAAUAUGGAUAACGGUUUCAAUGACGAUUCAACGGCUGCUAAAGGCUCAAAAUCAAAUAAACUUGGUCUUGCUCGUACAAAGAGUUUAAACACUCACGAUCGCGUGAAAAAAGCUCAAAACGGUACCCAGGCCACCAAGAAAACGGACCCAGCUCGCCCGGUCUUCAACAACAACAACAAUUCUAAGUCUAGACAAACACGACUCCUGAUCGAGGAGGAACUGCGACUGCGGGACCGGUGUGUGCGGGACAGUUACGGGGCGGAGAGUUACCCUGACAGUGGUAUUGGUGGAAUGUCUGUGGAGAACGCUGGAAGUGUCUGGUCCAGAAACAGGUUAGAGGUCAAUCCUUCCACAACUGGAGCCAGUUCCUCCGGAGCCAGUAGUCGAGGCAGCAGCAGUAGCGGUCGUCAUAGUGACCUGAUUAACCAGUUGGGUGACACAUCGGAACUUCGACAGUACAACCCAGUGGAGCUAUGGGAAGAUGAUGGCGCAGAGAGUGAUGACUCAAUCCACACAAUGACUGAGGCUGAAUCCCGAGUAUGUCACCGACAGUGUGGAGCCAUCAGAAAGGCAGGUUGGUUGGUUGUGAAGAAUUGGCUGAUCCACAGAAAGCGGAAAUUGGAACUCGCGCCACGCAGGAAGUGGAAAAGGUACUGGGUCUGUCUUAAAGGAACAGUACUGUUGUUCUAUGACUGCAGUGAGGAAACGGCAGUCACCGAGGACAGCAUCCCGAGGCACAUCCUGGUGAUAGAGGGAGCUAUUGCACAGGCUGUUCCUGAACAUCCAAAACGAGACAAUAUUUUUUCGGUCAGCACUGCGUUUGGAGAUGCCUACCUGUUUGAAGCGACGUCUCCCAUGGAACAGGAGAGCUGGAUCUGUUCUGUUCAUUCCGCCUGUGCGUCCUCGUUCGCUCGGCAACAUGGGAAGGACAACACGCUACGGCUGAUGAAGAGGGAACUCCACAAACUGGAGACCAACAUAGACAUUGAUCUGAAGAUGAGAAAGAUGGCCGAACUCCAGCUGACAGUCGUUAAGGACCCCAGGAGUCGUCAAGCCAUCAUUAGACAGAUCAGCCAAUGGGAGGAGAACCUGGAGAAGCUAUUUAUAGAACAGUACCGGUUCCGCUGCUACAUUGCUUCGCUUCAAGGAACGGAGCUCCCGAACCCCAAGGUCCUGCUUGGCAGUGCGUCUAAGAUGACUAAAUCCAGUCUGGGUCGCCUGGGUGUUUUUACCGUGACAUCGUUUCAUGCUUUGGUGGCAGCAAGAAAACCGUUGACUGUCCCUAACAUUUACGGAAAGGGAAAACACCAGGGUGGAAUGUUGUCUCCGAAGGGUGAUGGAACAUUCAGAUAUCAUCGACGGACGAUGCACCACCACAGUCCCAGCACUCAUGCUGUGUAUAAGGCCACAGAUAUAGACGAGGUGGUAGCUGACCUCUAUAUGGACAGUCCGGAAAAUCUCUCAACCGUGUCUGAUGGAGGAUCGCUGUCUGAAACAGUGGCACUGCCCAACAACCAGACACUUUUAAUUAAGGUUGACAAACGUAGCACUGCUCAAGAUCUUCUGGAAUCUGUCUGCAGCCAACGGCAACUUGAUCCUCUGGACCACUACGUACGCAUCACGCAGGCUGACACCCCCCCUAAUACAUACAUCGUACUGGACCCCAAGGACAACAUUAAAAAUAUGAAGUACGAAUCUAUUGAGGUGUGUCAGAAGUCUGUCAUACAACUUCAUCUCACCAAAUCAUCGGGCGACACCGAGUUUGGCUUUACGGUGGAGGCGGAGCUUGCUGAGGAUUUUGAAAGAGACGAUGAACUUCGCCUCUACAUCAGUCAGGUGACACCCGGAAGUGUGGCUCACAGAAGUCAGCUGAGUGUCGGAGAUGAGAUUCUAGUCAUUAAUGGAAAAAUCGUUUCGGAGUUGGACAUGGUGUACGUCGAAACUCUGCUCCACGAAUCAAAGGCACUAGUCAUUACAGUCAGGUCCCUGAAGACCAAUCACAGCACAGCAGCCAUCAGUGGGAACCAAUCAGAAAUUAGCAAUAUGAUGUGUCCUCCACCCCCCUCACAAUCACGUAUUCCCGAGAAUGUCAUCGAAAAUAUCACAGUGCCAUCACCACAAGAGAGCUGUUGCCAUGACGACAUGGAUUGUCACAGAAAGCCUGGUUCCCUACCUGACUUAGCUGGUUCUCAGAUUGACCAACUAAUCAAGAAUGCGGAGCAGGUGACGGCAAUUUGUCGGACUGGGAGUGAACCCAAUGUGUUAGAUAGUCACGUCCACCAUAACUCCAAACCGUUGUCUGAGGCCCAGAAACUUCGCAAAGUCAUCAUGGAACUCAUUGAAACGGAGAGGGCAUAUGUCAAGGAUCUGAACUGUCUGACGGAGCAGUACCUUAUGCCGUUACAGUCAGCCACGUUUCUGACGUCGGGAGAAAUUCAGCAGCUGUUUGGAAACAUACAGGAGAUUGUUACCUUUCAGCAGCAGUUUCUGAUUAGUCUGGAGGAAGCCAUUCAACUGCAGGGUGAAUUCUUCCAAAGCGAAGAUCCCAAGGUCUUUAGGGACCUGGAGCUAAGGCGAGUACUAUUUUCCCUGGGUGGAUCAUUCCUAUACUACGCCAACCACUUCAAGGUGUACAGCUCUUUUUGUGCCAGUCACAGUCGCACUCAGAAAAUACUCAAUCCAGUUGCUAACGAUGCCUUGAAGGCGUUUCUUCAUGCUCGGAAUCCGGAACAGCAACAUUCUGCUACGCUGGAAUCAUACCUCAUCAAACCCAUCCAGCGAAUCCUCAAAUAUCCCCUACUGCUGCAACAGCUGUGCAACCUCACGGACCCCAACACAGACGAGCACCAUCAUCUGUCAGAGGCUAACAAAGGCAUGGAGGCUGUGGCAGAACAUAUCAACGAGAUGCAGAAAAUCUUUGAGGAGUAUGGGACUGUGUUUGAUGAGCUCUCGAAAGUGUUCAAGGACACGUACCCACACAAAAGGGCUGUGGAUCUGAGUGUUGGAGAAUUACAGAUGUAUGGUACAGUGGAAUGGUGCAAUCUGUGUGACAGUCUGGGUAAAAUCAAGAAAGGCCUGGACCUGGAGAACAUCGUGUUUGUUUUUAGAUCAGGGGUCGUGUUUGUCUGCAGGGAGAAAAUCAAAAAGAAGAUCAAAAGCAAGGAUAAGAAGGCUGUGACUGAAGUUUACGAGUGUCAGGAGCGGUUUAGGACAGUAAUACCCGUACAGGAAGUGCAGGUGCAGUCUGGGAAACUUGGGGACAUGGACAACCAUUACUGGUGGGACCUGAUCCACAGCAGAUCAGACAAGGAAGGGCGACCAGAGAGAGUGUACCAGUUUUGUAACAGUUCUGCGGAUGCGAAGACGGACUUUAUGAAGAUCAUCCGACAGACAAUCCGUGAAAGUGUUCGUAAGAUGACGCUUCCAAACGGAAACCAAAUCCGGAACUCCUACGUUCCGUACGGAGGCAGACGACUGGAAUGUCUAAAUUCCAACAUAAGGACCCUCAGCAAGAAAAGGGGAGGUAAACCUAGUCAAACUGAACCAGACAGACACUCACUGGAGUUCCAGGAGAACAUGACAUCAAUGCUCGACCAAUCAGAACCAGUCUUUAGAACAAGGAGUAAAACCCUAGGGGAUCUAACAGAUGAAAACAGCUUGGAAGAGGCGGGGCCUGUAAGUAGACCCACCCACUUGACAGUUGACAGUUCUGCGCAUUUAACUACAGAUAGGCAGAGCAUGAGUUCGUCUAACUCCAGCCUCAGUGUGUCCAGUCGAACCUCAGCCAAGCUCACACAGGCUAGUGCUAAUCCUGUGUCGUUUACUUCCAAUGUCCCACGGGAAAUCAACUCCCCCAUAUGGAAACCACGAAAUGAGUCUAAUUUGGUCUACCUUAAGGACAGACCCUCAAGUUCUGUUGUGAAUUCUAGUCAGGUGUCUACUGUACACAGUGAUGAAUUAGACGUUGUGAGCGUUAAGGACACACCCAUUUCUUUACCGCCCGUCCUGCUCAAGGACACAGAAUGCUGAUAUUGUUGUCCAUACUACCAAAUUUCAUAUUGAAUCACAAGUUUAAUAUUUCUCUAUCUACUUGAUCCAGGUGGCGUUUCACGACGUGACGUUUCACAGGAAUCUGGAGACCGAUACAUUGUAGAUCAUUGUUUACAUUCAUCAAUAUCAUCGUUCAUUUUUAGAACACCAUUAGAAUAUGAGCGCAAUGUCAAAGAAGUGUGCAAUAUAUUUUCAUUAUUUUAAAAUCCCUAUGUUAAACAUAUCUAGUGAUCUGCUUCAAGUGAAUGGUUUUUUUUAGUUGACGGAAAUUUAGAACGAGAACUUGUGUGCCGUUGGUUGACGAGUAAGUCAGUUCUGUGCCAAAUGUUAAUCUCUUACAGCAUCAGUCAUCUGCAUCGUACUUAAUCAUUAAGAAAUUCAAAAGACAGAAGAUUCAGUAGACUUCCCCUCCACUCACAUUAUCGCAAGAAAUUGUUCAUAAGUGGGGAAACAUUUUGUGAAUUUUAUCCCGAUUUUUUUCACUUCCUCUCUGUGUAGACAAUGUCUACAUCCCACGUUCCCUUGUAGGUUUGAAAUCACACAUUUACCGACGUUCAGUGAAAACAAAACUCGGAAGUCCCAAGAUGUGUAUGUUACAGUCGAACCUGUCAAAUCCAAAACCUGUUUAAUCUGCCACCUGUCUAUUCCGACAUCUGUCUAAUCCAACACCUGUCUAAUCCAAAACCUGUUUAAUCCGACAUCUAUCUAAUCCAACACCUGCGUACUUCGUUCGCUGAGAAUCUGCCAUUAGAUUCGUUUCCUAUUUUUGUAUGUUCUUCACCCCAUUCAUUUCGAUAUCCUGUUGAAUCCGACAUACUCUAUAAAAGUUAGAAUACACAGAAUGUCGAAUUAUAUAGUGAAAAGUACAUUACCAAAAAAAAGGGGGGGGGGGUGAAAUUCUCAGUGAAACAGAGUACCAAGAUGCCAGAUUAGAGAGCUUAACUGUAUAUCAAACAAAUUUAACAAGUUUUCACUGUUCCUAUAUCUACUACCACUUACACAGUGUAGAGAAACAAGACUUCCGGUUGGCUUUAAUGUCAGAGAAUUCUGCUACACCCACUAUUGUCAUUUGACUCUGUUUUAGAGAAUCUACACCUAUAAAUAAACACGAUAAAUACAUCGAAUCAGUGCUCUCCUAACAGGUUCAUGUUUCGUAGGUGAUUAUCAAGUUAUUAUUUUUCUUUUUUCACAAUAUCUGUAGAGUUUACAUUUACUAAUCAUGCUGUGAAUCACAUUGCACAUCUUUUUUAUUGCAGUCACUUGUCUAGCUCUCCUGUCAGUGAAGGUAAAUUUAGUACUCCGUAGUAAAAAUAUCAUUGUUUAUGUUGCAACGUUACCUGCAAGAUUAGAGACCCUAACAUUGCUUGUUAUAUUUUUUUGUUAGAUUAUAGAAUUUACUACAAAGGUUAGCCAUUUCCUUAAGAAUUAUUUGUUCGAAUUUAAUUUUGGAGAAAGUCAAUCUCAUUGAAUAAAUUGACAAGGCUGACAACUUCCUUUAUGUAUCGUGGUGAUGGUGCAUGAAGAAGCAUGACUGACCCAUUAAUGAAUUUUGUCUUCUGAGAAAUGUGAACACUUAUGAAUUCUAUUUUUGGAGAAAUGUGAAUAUUGAAAGUUAUGUUUUAACAAUUUAAACAUUGUCUUUGCAUGUCUUUAAUCGAUGUUCAACAAUACAGUUUUCUAUAUUGUUAUUUUUGCUUGAAAACGUUUUUAAGACUUAAAAUUUCUGAAAGUUGACAACUUUUGUAUUUCUUGAAGCAACUACCGAUUUCAUGAUUUGAUUUGAUUGUAUGGGAGAUUUACAGCCACCAUCAUAAGCUUCUACUUUAGUGUCUAUUUAUAUAUGUGUGUGUUAAUGUCACAGACAGAAGUUUUAACUUUGAUUGACAAUAUAGGCAUAGUCAUAAUGCAACUUUCGACUGUUUCUUUAAUGAUAAAUUGUGAAUACUGUUUAGACCAGAAUAGCAAGACAGCACGCGAAGACAGCACUAAGUACUAUAAAUGUGUCCCAUUGGUGGUUUAUAUUUUACACUUUUUCUAUUUAAUGUCAUUUUACAAUUUUUAUAUUUUAUGUCAUUUGUUUUCCAUUUAUUUCAUCUGUAAAGAUUGUAUUGUCAUAAGGCUAGGAACAGUUGACCUUUAGAAUCAUGAGGAAGUGAUAGAUUCAAACUACAGAAAGUAAAGUUUUACAGAAAGGGAAACAAUUUCAAAACUUCAUUUAUCAAAAAUCAAACCAUUGUUCAAAAGGGUUUGAACACUCUACAAAAUUAUCACUUGACAUGCAUUCUUCUUGACCAAAGAUAACUGUAUAAAAACCAAAAGAUAGCGAUUGUACAUGUAUUUAACCAACAUAAGGACCAUACUUAUACUCUGAUAAGGGACAGUCCAAAUGAGGGGAAAUAUUUCUUCUUUAGAAUUAGUUCAAAGAAUAAUUUUUUAGACAGACGCGUGCAUGAAAAUUUAGAGACAACUUUUCCUAGUCUGUGUUGUAGAUUUAAACAUUGUAUAUCCAUUUAACAGGGUCUGUGCAAUAGAUCGGCAUGCUUUUUAAAUGAUGUAUCGUUUUUUAAUGAACAUGCAACUGUUCAUACGAGGUUUUUUUUCUCUCAUUUUGAAAAUAAUACUCUGAUAUUUUAUGAUUUGACUAUGACAUAGAUCACUUUUGUAAUGUUCAGUAAACCUGUAAUAUUGCUUUGUGUAUUGUGUGGCUGUGGACUGUCAGAUUGGGCAUGUUGAUAGAAUCCAGUCCUCCGCCAAUUCUUACUCUCUGUCAUUAUGCACGUCGCUCCCAAAAUUUAAUCAGGUUAUUUUUAUCGGAAUGAAAUUCAGAAAAAUGUUCACAGAACACACUCUUACACAAUCUCACGCAAUAAACACACUCACAUACAAGCCCGCGUACAAUAAUUCCUGUAAACCCAUAUACAACAUCAACCGAUACACAAACAUACACAAACACACAUUUACACACGCACAAACAUACACAUUAACUUACGCUCAAAUAUGCACAAACGCACGUCUAAACACACAUUAACACGCACAAACAUACACAUUAACACACGCACAAAUACGCUCAAACAUGCACAAACAUACAUAUUAACACAUGCAUACGUACACAAUAAAAAAAAUGCUCAAAUAUGCACGCACAUAAACAUACGCAUUAACACAUGCAUAAAUACGCACAUUAACACACGUAGAAACAUACACAUUAACAUGUGCACAAACAUACAUAAACUCAAGUACAAACAGACAAAUGACAAACUGCUUGGCGGAGGUACAUGUAUUGGACAAAAACUUAAGAUGCAGACAUUUAUUUAUUUCAAAUUGUAAGUUGUCGUUUAUUUUGUAAUUAUCCACAGACUUAAUCAGAUCUGUAAGUGUAUAGAUUCUGUACACUGGAGCUCACCAGAGGACAGAGAAUCUCAGAGGGAAAGAACAUCACGAUGUCUGUACACAGUGCGAGGGGAGUUGUUGUUUCUGAGACGUGUUCGACUGUUACGUAACUGAUCACGUGAUUAGUCCUCAUAUUUCUGUAUGUUUAAGAGCACGUUACUAUUUUUAGAUACCAUGUGAUUAAUAUGAACUAUUGUUACAGUCACAUGAUAAUUUAUUAUUUGUAAACCACAUUGUUAUAAAAAAAAAAAAAAGUUGUUUAAUAGCGUCACAGAGAAUUAAUAAAACGACUGAAAGCAUCGA